UUCUGACUUUGUAUGCUCCAGCAGACACGUCUGGCAUCUGCUGCGCUGCGCUCAGAAUGUGACUCGUGCUGCCUUUCCAAAAGCUUCCUCUGCUGUUCCCUCCCACUGUGGAUGGAGGACAGUCACUCUCUCUGAUUUCUCAGCAGUAACAGCUUCAGUCUCUCGGAUGAAUCGGUCGAGUGUGUGACGUCAUCACGGGGCGUAGCUUGGUCUUCAAUGAAAACUAGUGCAGCGUUUAAAGAUCUGCGCUCGCGCACAGGUGAGAGGGAGAGCAACAGAUUUUACACAUCAGGAAUCUUGGAAUCUUCACUCAUGGCUUACCGAGGAAGUGUGAGACCCUUUGUGCACUUCAAUGCCAAGCAGGAUGCUGAUAUCUUACGAAAAGCCAUGAAAGGAAUUGGCACGGAUGAAGAUACAAUCCUCAUGCUCUUACCCACCCGGAGCAAUGAGCAGAGACAAGAGAUCAAGGCAGCUUAUAAGAAAGCGCAUGGCAAAGACCUGGUGAAAGACCUGAAGUCUGAGCUGGGAGGGAAGUUAGAGGACCUGAUCAUGGCUCUGAUGUUUCCCCCACGUGUCUAUGAUGCUGAUCUGCUCCAUGCGGCCAUCAAGGGAGCUGGAACUGAUGAUAAAGUUCUGAUUGAGAUCCUGGCCUCCAGAACACCUGAACAGUUAAAGGAGAUCAUCAAGAUAUACAAGAAAGAGCAUGGAGGCAAGCUGGAGAAGGACAUCAUGGGAGAUACGUCUGGACACUAUCAGAGACUGCUGCUGAUGCUUUUACAGGGAGAGAGGGAGGAGGGAGUGGAUGAAAGCAGAGUGGAGAAAGACGCCAAGGAAUUGUUCGCUGCCGGUGCGAAGAAAGUUGGCACGGAUGAAGAAAAGUUCGUCAACAUCUUGGGCAAGAGGAGCAUCGAUCACCUGAGGCAAAUGUUCGAUGUGUAUAAAAAGAUUGCUGGCUGUGACAUCGAAGAGAGUAUUUGCGGGGAGUUUACUGGCAAUCUCGAGGCAUUGCUUCUGGCAGUGGUGAAAUGUGUGAAAAGUGUCCCGGGAUAUUUUGCUUACUCCCUACGUGACUCUUUGAGGCGUGCUGGCACUGAUGACGAAACUCUUAUCAGGAUUAUGGUGUCGAGGAGUGAGGAGGACAUGCUGGACAUCAGAGCCCAGUACAAGAAGGUGUAUGGAGAAUCACUGUACCGUGCCAUACAGGAUGACACUGAUGGUGAUUACGGAAAGGCUCUGCUUUACCUCUGUGGUGGAGAUGAUUAAUUCUCACAUUUAUUUAUUGAUGCAUGGUUUGCUUAUUAUAUAUUAUUUUGCUUUAAAUUUAAAUUAGUAUUACUCAUUAUUUAAUAUUACUGUAACCACAUUUAAGCUAUUUUAUAUGAUAUGUCUUAGUAAUAGUAAUUAUAUAUAUACAUAGAUGACGGUUGAAUCAUCUAAGUUUUAUUUGAAUAAUUAUUUGUGUUUCAAUAGUUUCAUGAUUCAGUAGUUUAGUGGUUUUAGUGGGCAGUGCACCAGUGUGGAGCUACCAGAAUUUCCAUUGGCGUAGUUAAAGUGACUUGUGUUCACAUAUUUACUGAUUUAGUUUUGAAAUAAACCUUUUUU